GUGAGUGCAGCUGUGGCGGCCCAGGGCGGGGAAAAUAAAAAUAAGCCAACGCUGUGGCUUUGCAGGAGACUGGUGCUCUCAGAGCAGGCUGGGAGACACAAUGGAUCUCCUGCCAAGCUUUUCUUUCGUCACUUGGCUGCUCCUCAUUGUUUCCUUCAGUCUCCUGAUGCUCUAUGGGGUAUGGACCUUCCAGACCUUCAAGAAGCUGGGCAUUCCCGGGCCACGGCCUCUGCCGUUUUUGGGGACCUUUCUGGCGUAUCGGCAUGGAAUCAUGCAAUUUGAUCAGAUGUGCUUUGAAAAAUACGGUAAAGUCUGGGGGAUUUUUGAUGGCAGGCAGCCUGUGAUGGCCGUUUUGGACCCCAUCAUCAUCAAACACAUCCUGGUGAAAGAGUGCUAUACCAUUUUUACCAAUCGCCGGUUCUUUGGUCUGAAUGGGAUCAUGGACUCAGCUCUCCUUUUGGCUCAAGAUGAGAACUGGAAAAGGAUUCGUACUGUGCUGUCUCCAACCUUCACCAGUGGGAAGCUGAAGGAGAUGUUCUCUAUCAUUAAUCACUAUGGUGAAAAAUUAGUGAAAAACAUUGAGAAGAAAGUGGCUGCUGAUGAGUUCCUGGCCAUAAAGGACAUUUUUGGAGCCUACAGCAUGGAUGUGGUAACUGGCACUUCUUUCAGUGUGAAUAUUGACUCCAUGGACAACCCCAGUGACCCCUUUGUCAUCAACAUGAAGAAAUGUCUCACAUUCAAUUUUCUAAACCCCCUGUUCUUUUUCAUAGUGUUGUUCCCCUUUGUCACCCCAGUGCUGGAAAAGAUGAAUAUGACUCUGUUUCCCUCAGAGGCCUUGGACUUCUUCAAGAAUGUCUUCAUAAAAAUGAAGAAGGAACGAGGAAAGGGCAGUGACAUGAACCGGGUUGAUUUCUUGCAACUCAUGGUUGACUCACAGAGCUCACAGGACAGCUCCAAGUCUGCUGAGACCAGCUUGUACAAAGCAUUAAGUGAUGAGGAGAUUCUGGCCCAGGCUCUUAUUUUUGUCUUGGCUGGUUAUGAGACCACCAGCUCCACCCUCAGCUACAUAGCAUAUAAGCUGGCCACACACCCCGAUGUGCAGCAACGACUCCAGGAUGAGAUUGAUGCCAGUCUGCCCAACAAGGCUACUCCCACGUAUGAUGCCGUCAUGCAGAUGGAAUAUCUUGACAUGGUGGUGAAUGAAGUCCUCCGUCUCUUCCCCAUUGGGGGGCGGAUUGAGAGGGUCUGCAAGCAGACGGUGGAGAUCAAUGGUGUGACGAUUCCAAAGGGCAUGGCAAUCAUAAUCCCAGCCUACGUGAUGCAUCAUGACCCGGCAUACUGGACGGAGCCGGAGGAGUUCAGGCCUGAGAGGUUCAGUAAAGAGAACAGAGAGUCUAUGGACCCCUACAUCUUCUUGCCAUUUGGAGCUGGCCCCCGGAAUUGCAUAGGAAUGAGGUUUGCUCUCCUCACCGUGAAAGUGGCUGUGGUCAUCCUGCUGCAAAACUUCUCAUUCAGAACUUGCAAAGAGACUCCGAUCCCACUGGUUCUGGACACAAAAGGUGUGAUAAGACCGAAGAAGCCCAUUGUCCUGAAGGUGGUCCCCAGAGCCCAAGCUAAUCUGGAGAAGUGAAGGAAGCAGGAACGGAUCAGAGACUCUUGUUUGAUGAUGCUUCCUCUAACUCUGGAGAGGAGACCCCAGCUGAUAUGUACGGUCUAGAAAUAUUAGGGGUGCAAUCCCCCAUUUCACAACAGGGCAUUAGCCGUUUGGCCCAGCAUAAUUACAUGGGCAUUAUCCUAAUGAACUUGAGCCCCAGAUCCCGCUGUCCCUGAUCACAAUAGACAUUUUGCAAGACCGUUUUCACUCAAGUUAUUUGGGCGCUUUUUUCUCCCUAUGAAGAGGCACUUUUCUAAGCAAUUUGAUUCCAGACACUGUCAGUCUUUUCUGGCAGUGCAAUUUAAAUCAAGAUAGGGAGAGCAAAUUGCACAUACUUAAGUAAUGCUACCAUUGCUCCUGUUCCUACUGCCUGCUGGGUGACCCUGUAUGUCUUCUGGUUUUAUUCUUCUGGGAAUGCAGAGUUGUCCAGGACUAUUUCCUCAGCUGUGUGCUGUGACCCUGACAAGUGUUAAAGUGGUCAUAUCCUCGCAGGAAUGAACGCCUGCAGCAAAUUUUCUGAUGCUGAUUUAUUUAGAUUUUCUUAUGAUUUUAGAUGGCUUUUUGCGUGAUUCAGACUGCAGAUGAAUUAACUGAAGGAGCCCAGGGCAGAGACAAGCAGUUACCCCUAAUGACUGGAGAUUUGCAGAGCUGGAGACAAGUGCCCUGUGUGUGUUUCCUGAUUGUUUGCUUAUUUUACUGCAGGCAUGCAGCCAUCCCCCAUAGAAGGGAUUGUCAAAAUAGGCACCAUUUAUAUUGCUAUCGUGACACCUUUUAGUCUCUGAUUUACAUUAGGCCAUUGUAAGACCAACCUAACUGAAAUAAUAAAGAUGCAGAGUGCAGCACUGAGACCCUUCAGAUGUUCUGGAGAGCCCUUGUCUGGAAGAAAGGUGUUGCCUUUGACUAUUGAGAGCUGAAAGUCAUGCUACACUUUGUCAUUUUUGUAGAUUCUAGAAGUCCUGUAUGCUCACAUUUCAUCUCAUUCCUCCAGAAGCUGCUACUGGGGGUUAACUGCAAUAAAGAUCUCACUUACCUCCUCUGUAACCAACUGA